UUCAGGUUACAACACUUGCAGGGUCUUCGGUUCAGUCGGUCGCUGCCGCCGUUAAGCUGUUUUUGUGACAGCCAGGCAGCCGCUUCUCUGGUCGCCUUGAACGCUGCCUUCCUUUUCGGCCUUCCUGCACUGAAAAGCGGCGGAGAAAUGACUUUAGUGUCGAGGAUUUAACGAGUUUGUACUGUUGAACCGAACCGAGCCGCUAACUUGUCACCAUGAGAAGCAGGAGCAACUCGGGCGUUAAACUGGACAACUAUGCCCGGAUGGUGCACCAAACUAUCCUGAAACACCAAGAUCCAGUGACGGGUCUUCUGCCAGGCAGCACAGAUCAGCCGGACGCCUGGGUCAGAGACAAUGUUUACAGCAUCGUGUCGGUGUGGGCUCUCAGUCUUGCCUACAGGAAGAACGCAGACAGGGAUGAAGACAAGGCCAAGGCCUACGAACUGGAGCAGAGUGUGGUAAAGCUAAUGAGAGGUGUCCUUCAGUGUAUUAUGAGGCAGCUGGAUAAAGUGGAGAAGUUUAAAUACAGCAGAAGUACCUCAGACUCUCUCCAUGCCAAGUACAACACCAGGACCUGUGCUAUAGUGGUUGGAGACGACCAGUGGGGUCACCUGCAGGUCGACGCCACCUCACUAUUCCUGUUCUUCCUCGCUCAGAUGACCGCAUCCGGUCUUCAUAUUGUCUACACCCAAGAUGAGGUGGACGUAAUUCAGAAUCUCAUGUUCUACAUCGAGGCAGCUUACAAAGUGGCAGAUUAUGGGAUGUGGGAAAGAGGAGACAAAACCAACCAGGGCAUCACUGAGAUCAAUGCCAGCUCUAUAGGAAUGGCCAAGGCAGCUCUGGAGGCGUUAGAUGACCUCAACCUGUUCGGAGCGAAAGGGGGGCCGGGAUCUGUGGUCCACGCCUUCGCUGAUGACAUACAGCACUGCCAGUCCAUCCUGACCUCAAUGUUACCCAGGGCAUCGAUCUCGAAAGAGGUGGAUGCCGGAGUCCUGUCCAUCAUCUCCUACCCUGCUUUUGCUGUUGAGGACAUCAGCAUAGUCAACAUGACUAAGGAGGAGAUCAUCUCUAAACUCCAGGGUCGAUACGGCUGCUGCAGGUUUCUCAGAGACGGACACAAAACACCUAAAGAGGAUCCAAACAGACUUUACUACGAGUCUGCGGAGCUGAAGCUGUUUGAGAACAUCGAGUGUGAGUGGCCACUGUUCUGGACCUACCUCAUUCUGGAUGGCAUUUUUAUCAACAGCCCUGAACAGGUGCAGGAAUACCAGGAGGCUCUGGAGGGAAUCCUGAUCAAACAGAAAGACGGGAUACGACUGGUCCCAGAGCUCUACAGUGUCCCCGCAGAUAAGGUGGAGCAGGAGUACGUGAGCCCUCACUCUGUGGAGAGGGUCCCUAUGGGCAAAUGUCCUCUGAAAUGGGCACAGUCUCUGUACAUCUUGGGAAACCUUUUGGCUGAGGGUUUUCUCGCCCCCGGUGAGAUCGACCCUCUUAACCGGCGUUUCUCUACCAUCCCUAAGCCUGAUGUGGUCGUACAGGUGUCGAUUCUCGCAGAGACCGAAGAGAUUAAAGAGCUGCUGUUAAAGAACGGCAUAGAGGUGGAGACAGUGGCUGACAUCCAUCCCAUCCACGUGCAGCCCUCUAGAGUCCUCAGCCACAUUUACGCCAGGCUCGGGCGAAACCCGAGGCUGGGUCUGACCGGGCGACCCUACAGGAGAAUCGGAGUGCUGGGAACCUCCAAGUUCUACAUCAUCAGGAACACCAUCUUUUCAUUCACACCUCAGUUCAUCGACCACCAGCAGUUCUACUUGGCACUGGACAACAAGAUGAUCGUGGAGAUGUUGAGGACAGAAAUCGCCUACCUCUCAUCCAGAUGGAGGAUGACUGGACGGCCCACCGUCACCUUUCCCAUUUCACAGACUAUGCUGACUGAAGACCACACGAACCUGGACCCUGCAGUCUUGGCUACACUGAAGAAGUUACAGGAUGGAUACUUUGGAGGAGCGAGGAUCCAGACGGGGAAGCUGUCAGAGUUCUUCACCACUUCCUGUUUCGCUCAUCUCAGUUUCCUGGACGGUAAGGGUCCUGGCAGCAUGGGCCACCACAGCGAAGAGUAUGAUGAUGAUGAGGGUGGCAGCGAUGGAUACGUGCAUGAGUUGCAUUGUGAUGAUGAGGCUGACGACCUCGCUCAGUACCUGGAUCACCUGUUGGCCCAUUCUGCCCCCAAGAAGCCCAAACAGCAGGUCGGGGGUUUGGGCAGGUUCAAGGCUGUUGCCACCAAAACAAAGGAGAUGGUGUCUCUGAUGAACAAGGCUCAGGACCUUAACGUACACAAUGUCAACAUGUACCUGCCAAACAAACUGUUUCGCUCUCCUCAGUCGUCACUAAACCUGAACCUCCCAGACUCCUCUGGACACCAAGAAGCUCCGGUGCCAGAAGUGGCAGUCACAACAGAGAGCGGCAUCCCCAGAGACACAAGCGGAGCCAUCGAUUACAACGCUCUGGUCCAGCUGCUAAAGGACACACAAAGUCUCCAGGACCAGGCUGAUAUACUCUACAUCCUCUUCAAAGACAAGGGCAUGGACUGGGACACCCGUCUGCACGGUAAAGGCUCCACCGUGCAGUCUCUUCUGACUGACCUUUAUGAAAAGGCUGGUGAACUCAGACACUGGGGCCUCAUCAGGAUGAUCUCUGGCAUGCUGAGGAAGAAGGUGGAGGAGCUCGACUCGGCCUGCUCUGAUUUGCUGGCGCACCAGAAGCACCUGACCGUGGGUCUACCUCCUGAACCCAGAGAGAAAACCAUCACCGCUCCCAUACCUCCAGACCAGCUGGCUGCUCUCAUCGACGAGGCCAGCGACAACAACAUCAGCGUGGCCAUACUCACUCAGGAGAUCAUGGUGUACCUGGCUAUGAGCAUAAGGACUCAGCACAGUCUGUUCAGUGAGAUGUUCAGGCUCCGUAUCGGUCUCAUCAUCCAGGUCAUGGCCACCGAACUGGCCCAGUCGCUCAACUGCUCAGGAGAGGAGGCCACAGAGAGUCUGAUGAGUUUGAGUCCGUCUGAACUGAAGAAUCUGCUCCACCACAUCCUCAGCGGGAAGGAGUUUGGAGUCCAGCGCAGCAUGCGAGAGAUGGACGCCGGAGUCAGUCCUGCCAUCUCCAUCCACCAUCUGGGCAACGUUGGCGCCACCAAGAGCGAGAGAGCAGGCAUCAGCAAACUGAAGAGCGACAUGAAGAUGGCGGAGCACAGGUUGUCCUUGACGGAUCCAUUUAAGGACCCCAGGCUGUCUGUAGCAGAUCCAGUUAUGGAGAUGGACCGCAGGGUGUCUUUGACUGGCUCAGUUAAGAUGCAGAGGGAUCACAGUUUGUCUUUGCCAGAGCUGAUCAAAGUGAUGAUGUUCGACCAGUCACUGACUUCCCCUCGUAAGAGCAUGCGAUCGCAGUCACUGGACAUAGAAAACAUCGAAUCCGGGAGGUACAGGCUGCCGUCAAUAGAAUCUCUGGACAUCCCUGAGAGUAUUCCAGUCGCCAAGGACACCAGACACGGCCAGUGGCUGCGCAGGAGGCGUCUGGACGGCGCUCUGAACCGAGUCCCCAUCGGGUUCUACCAGAAAGUCUGGAAGAUCCUGCAGAAGUGCCACGGUCUCUCCAUAGAGGGAUUUGUCCUUCCUUCUUCUACCACAAGAGAGAUGACACCUGGCGAGAUCAAAUUCUCCGUCCAUGUGGAGACGGUUUUGAACCGCGUCCCUCAGCCUGAGUACCGUCAGCUGCUGGUGGAGGCCAUCCUGGUCCUCACCAUGCUGGCCGACGUGGACAUCCAGAGCAUCGGCUCCAUCAUCCAUGUAGAGAAGAUCGUCCACCUCGCUAAUGACAUGUUCUACAAGGAUCAGAUGGACCUGGGAGCAGAGGAGCACAUCCUGGAGAAGGACCCGUCCACCGGAAUCUGCAAGCUGCUGUACGACAGCGCCCCCAGCGGUCGCUUCGGGAGCAUGACCUACCUCACCAAGGCUGUGGCGGUGUACGUGCAGGACUUGCUGCCCAGCGGGUCGUGUGCUGUGCAGUGAGAGGACGCCACGGCAAAACCAGAAUAGGCAUGAAACCACUCGAUCAAAAUGGUUAAAGCUGAAACAGUUUUUACUUUAAAACAAUGAUAAAUAAACACAGAUAGGAUCAGUUUUAUAUCGUCAGUGUGUGUUGAUCAGUGAGGUUUGAGAUAUUUGUUACAGUAUGUUUUAUUGUCAACAUGUGGGAAAUACACUUAUCUGCUUUCUCUCCCAGAGUUAGAGGAGGAGGAAGACUAGCUGUUUCCUUCCAAUCUCAGUCUUUGUGCUAAGCUAAGCUAACUGGCUGCUAACUGUAGCUUCAUAUUACCUGCACAGACAUCAGAGUGGUAUUGAAGAAGCUUAUUUUCACUAAAUGUCAGACUGUUCCUUUAGAUUAACGGCAAAACAAAAGUUCAUAGAUAGGAUCUAAUGUGUACUGUCAGCAAUUGCAUGGACUUUCAGACAGGCAUCGACAGUGUUCAGCGUCUUGAUCUCCAUGGCAACACACAUCAACAUGUAUUUCAGAUC